AUGGGAAGCUUCCAGCUCCGCAGCCCCACCACCACCACUACCAACCCCAGCGCUGCCACCGCCCACCACCACCAACACCAUCACCACCACCACCAACUCCAGUGCUGGCACUGCCCAGCCUCUCCCGCCCAACCAUCACCACCACCACCAACCCAUUGCCGGGAACACCGCAACCACCACCGACCCGCCCCGGCCCAGCCCAGGCACCAUGCCCCCACCGCCACCAUUCCCGGCCCCAGCCUCGGCCCCACAUCUCCACCACCAACAUCCCCGGCCCCAGUCCUGGCACCACAUGCCCACCGCCACCAUACCCGGCCCAAGCCUCGGCCCCGUAUCUCCACCACCAACAUCCCCAGCCCCAGCACCGCACCCUCAACACCACCAUCCCUGGCCUCAGCCUCGGCCCCGCUCCUCCACCACCACCAUCCCCAGCCCAAGCCUCGGGCCCGCACCCCCACCGCCACCAUCCCCGGGCCCCUGCACCGCACCCUCAACACCACCAUCCCCGGCCUCAGCCUCAGCCCAGCUCCUCCACCACCAACAUCCCUGGCCCCGGCACCGCACCCCCACCGCCACCAUCCCCGGCCCCAGCACUGCACCCCUACUGCCAUCAUCCCUGGCCAUCGCACCGCACCCCCACCGCCACCAUCACCAGCCCCGGCACCAAACCCCCACUAA